AUGCCCUCGGCUCCACGUCACGGGCGUCGGAGUGGCUCUGCACCCACCGUCCCCACGCGCUUCCCGGGGCUCGGGCCUGUCACUGAGAAGGAGGUGCAGCAGUGGUACAAGGGCUUCAUCAAGGACUGCCCCAGCGGGCAGCUGGACGCCGCGGGCUUCCAGAAGAUCUACAAGCAGUUCUUCCCGUUCGGGGACCCUACCAAGUUCGCCACGUUUGUUUUCAACGUAUUUGAUGAAAACAAGGACGGCCGGAUCGAGUUCUCCGAGUUCAUCCAGGCGCUGUCGGUGACCUCGCGGGGGACCCUGGACGAGAAGCUGCGGUGGGCCUUCAAGCUCUAUGACUUGGACAACGACGGCUACAUCACCAGGAAUGAGAUGCUGGACAUCGUGGACGCCAUUUACCAGAUGGUGGGAAACACGGUGGAGCUGCCCGAGGAGGAGAACACGCCGGAGAAGAGGGUGGACCGGAUCUUCGCCAUGAUGGACAAGAACGCAGACGGGAAGCUGACACUGCAGGAGUUCCAAGAAGGCUCCAAGGCGGACCCCUCCAUCGUGCAGGCGCUCUCGCUCUACGACGGGCUGGUAUAGUGCAGGCCUGGCGCCGGAUGUCUGGGAACCGUCUCCUCCCACGCCACAAGGCCACCUCAGCCAACCGUCCCCACGCCCACCUAGCCUUCUCCACACCCACCGGCCCACCGCCGCCACCCGCCAAUCUCCAGGCCCCGGCCCUCCUUCUCCGUACCCACCCACCGCCGCCUGAAGCCUCCGGCUUCCAUUGCUAACGACCUCUGCUUGUCCUAACGGGGACCAACCGAAGCAGAAACGCCUCCAGCCCUCCGCAGAACCAAGGCCGUGGCCGCUCCGCGCACAGGGCCGCGCCUCCCACCUGCUGUCCCACGCGUGCGCCUUUUUUUUUUUUUUAAUUACAAAAGGAUCUUUUAAAAGGAAAAACAAAACAAAACUACCUUCUGCUCUAGAAGAUUCUGACCGCUGAGGAGAAGGCCUUGGGAACUCAGAGGACUCUGCCUGGGCUCCUGCAACAAUGGCUGGAGCUGAAGCAGCCUGAUGAUCACUGUCUCUCAGCCUCAUCCUUCAGCAGCCAGCCCACCGACAUGGCUAGGAUGGUUCAAGAUGAGAAUUAUUUUCGGUGAUGACAGUAUUGAGCUUUUCCUGGGGGAAAGUGAGGUGUUUUUUUUUAUAUUCAUAUAUAAUUGAUAUCAUUUAUUUAUUGGUUGUUAACUGUUGCUGCUGCUUCCUGUGUCUGAAGCUCCCAAGACGCGUGGGCCUCGGUUUACAUGUGUGCAUCCUGAUUUACCUGCCCACCUCGCUUGGGAGGACGGUGGCCUGCAGUGGCCAAAAAGCCAAAAACUCCCCCCCCCCCAGAUACUGUUCCUACUUAGAGGAGACAAAGGUGGAGUCUAUAGAUAGCUAAUGUCCUGUUGCCUCCUCCCCAGCUCUCUGCCCUCCUCCUCC